AUGAUUUUUAAUACACUCAAUUGGUAUAUCUCUACCUCUUUCUUGCUUGCUUCGGCAUUUGCAGAUUGGCAAUACAAGUCUAGACCAGAUUUGUCUCCUCCAAAGUUGAACAUCACCAUUCCUGCCAAAAAUACUUCUCCAGGAUACUUGUUCCUUGCUCCAUUUAGUGGAUUUCCUGAUAUUGGAGUAUCUCACGGUCCUAGACAGUCUGCACCAUACAUUUUCACUGACGAAGGAGAACUUGUCUGGUCUGGUUUCAGUUACUACUCUAUCUGGGCUACUAAUUUCCAGGCAGGACGUGUCAAUGGAGAGGAUAUCUUAUUCUCAUUUGAAGGGUCUCAUAACCCCAACUACGGUCAUGGACAUGGUCAUAUUACCUUUUUGAACAACAAAUAUGAAACAAUCAAGGAAUUGCGCGGUGGAAACCAUAAGAUCAUCGACAAGCACGAAUUCCACAUCAUUGGUGAGAAGACGGGAUUGAUCCAGGUGUACCAGCCAACUCCAAUUGAUUUGAGUCGCUGGGCCAGUUCCAAGGACCAGCAAUGGAUUGUGGAUGCUAUUUUCCAGGAAUUAGACAUCGAAACAGGCGAGUUGCUCUUCGAGUGGUCUUCUUUGGACCACAUUUCGCCAGAUGAGUCUGUGCUUCCUGUUGAUGAAGGGCAGGCUGGUGCUGGUUUCAACUCUAGUGACGCAUGGGAUUAUUUCCACAUCAAUUCAGUGGACAAGGACGAAAAUGGAGACUACCUUCUUUCUGCUAGAGACGCUGCAAGUGUCUACAAGAUUAGUGGAGAGACCGGAGAAGUCAUCUGGAAGCUUGGUGGCUUACCAGGAAUCACUACAUCCGAUUUCGAAUUGCAAGGCUUCAACUUUUCCUUCCAGCACCAUGCUCGCUACCUCUAUACUUCUCCAGACAAGAAGAUCCAAGUUUUCUCUCUUUACGAUAACUCUGCUCACGGCACCGAGAACAAGGACGGAAAAGAAGUCCAUUACAACUCUCACUCCAGUGGUAAGAUUAUUGAAGUCAACACAGAAACCUGGAAGGCCAAACUUCUCUUCAAUGGAGUUCCUCCUGACAACUUGCUUUCCAAGUCUCAGGGAUCUACUCAAGUUUUGCCAGAUGGCCAUGUUAUUGUUGGCUGGGGUUCUGAAGGCGCUGUCACCGAGUUCGAUGCCGACGAGAACGCCAUUUUCCACGCUUAUGUUGAUUCAGGUGAAUUGGGUUUGAAGGCUCAAAACUACCGUGCUUUCAAGUUCAACUGGACUGGUAUUCCAAACGAAGAGAUCGCUUUGGUGAGUGAGAAUAACGACGACCGUUCCACCUCGUUGUAUGUGAGUUGGAAUGGAGACACCCAGACCAAAACCUGGAGAUUCUAUGCCAUCAACAAAAAGAACGAGAAAACCUUAAUUGGAGAGACUUCUCGCUCUGGAUUUGAGACCUCUUUCAACGUUAAACAUGGCGUAUCGGGCACUGUUGUUGCUGAGGCUUACAGUGCUUCUGGUGACUUGUUGGCAACGUCAUUGGAAGUUUCAUCUGCCAAGGCAAUCAAGCAGUACCACUCCAAGGACACUAAGAAUGUUGAGCCCAAGUUCAAGGGUUACUUUGAUUGGAGAUCCCAGGCAGUCCUUUCAACCUGA